AUGUUUUCGAUGGUCUAGUGGGUCGACUAAUUUGACUGGAAAAGAAGGACACAAAUUUUCGAAAAGCGAUUCCUUUGGAGAAUCGAGUUGCCAUAGCUUUAUAUACCUUGGGCUCUGCUUCAGAAUACCGAACAAUUGGCAGACUUUUUGGCGUAUCUAAAACUAUGGUGGGGUUUAUUCUUAAGGAAUUCUGUUUGGAAAUAAUCGUGCAAUUGGCCGAUGAAUAUCUAGCCCCAAACUUCCUUAGACAGGAAAAAUUGGCAAAUUGUGUGAAGGGCUUCGAGGAACUCGGAUUUCCCCAGUGCUUUGGAGCAAUGGAUGGAUGCCACAUCGAAAUCAAGCCGCCCGCUAAAAAUGGAGUAGAUUAUCAUAAUUAUAAAAAUUGGUAUUCUACUGUACUGUUUGCCCUAGUCGAUUAUCGAUUCACGUAUAUAAGUGUUGGUGCUCCAGGUCGUGUACAAGACUCGCAGAUUUUUGAGAAGUCCUCAUUAAAAAGAACCAUUGAAGAGUCGGGGCUGUUCAACUACAAUUCGAAAAUGAUCAACGGGAUUAACGUUCCAGUGGUGAUUUUGGGGGACUCGGCUUUUAAGUUCACGAAGACGGUGAUGAAGCCCUAUCCGUUUUGUUUAGACGCAUCAGAAAAUCGGCGCUGUUUUAACUAUAAUCUUUCAAAAGUGCGGCGUGUUGUCGAAAAUGCCUUUGGACAGUUAAAGGCGCGAUUUCGUCGCAUUGGUAAAGGCUUGGAGAAUGCACCGAAAAACAACAAGAAGAUCAUUAUUUGA